UUCAUUCAUUCAUUUCAAGAUGGCGUUAUUAAAACUUGCGGUUGUUUCCGUCUAGAAAAGAAAAAUUCAUUUGUUUUUAAUGAAAUUUAACAUUUCUUAUAUAUUAUUGCUCGAUUACUUGUGAGGUUAUUGUAAAAUUAAUGAUGAAUUGCUAAAUCUCCUUCAAUGUUUAGCAGUAAAUUUCAACUACAGAAGCGUACUCCUAAAAAUGGCACUGAUCGUGAAAGUUUCUUGUCAUUAUUAGUAGAUGAAUUUAUAAAUUCCUCUUCGCAUGAUGCUAAGUGUCAAGUAUUAGCUAAUUUGGCUAAUUUUGCCUAUGAUCCAAUAAAUUAUGCAUAUAUUAGAGAUGUUGGAGUCUUAGACAUUUUCCUACAUGUUCUUAAACAUGAAACAAAUAUAACAUUACUACAAUUUGCAUGUGCAGGUGUUUGCAACUUAUGUUCUGAACCAUUAAAUGCUGAGUAUAUCUUGACACAAAAUGGACUGAAGCCAAUAAUAAAAUUAUUGAAUUCUAAUAAUCAAAUAGCAGCUGAUGCAAUUACGACAUUGAUAUAUCUUUAUAACGACCAAACUAAAUCUGAAAUAAAAAGUUCUGAGGUGAUCCAAACAAUACAAACACUGAAAAAUUCAGAAGACAGAAUUUUAGCAAACCUUGCAACUAUAUUUUUGGAAGAUAUUUGCAGUACAAAAUAAAAUUAAUCAUUUCUCUUUAAACAAAUUUGUUUCAUAAUGAACAAAAUCUUGUCAAAUAGAUUCCCGUACAUUGCGGUGAACAAUAAGAACUAUCAAAAGAUAUGUAAGAUUCACACAACAUCAUUUAGUAGCACUGCUUUUAAGGCUGGUGACAAAAUUAGAAUACAGAAAACACUAACACAGAAAGAUCUAGAUGCUUUCUCAAAUCUAACAAGUGAUCACAAUUAUUUGCAUCAAAACAGUGGUAACAAGCGGCCAAUUGUGCAUGGAGCAUUACUGAAUGGGUUAGUGGCAGGCCUCAUAGGUACGCAUUUGCCUGGACCAGGUACAGUGCUAGUAUCACAAACUAUGAAGUUUCCUAACAAAUGUUUUGUUGGUGAGAAACUGACCAUCAGUGUUGAGCUAGUGGAUGUCAGAAAAAUACUCAAGGUGAAGUUUUACUGCAUAGUAGAAGAGGAAAAGAAGGUUGUGUUUGAAGGUGAGGCUAAACUGAUGUUAGCCAAAGACUGUUAGAAGUGAUUAAGAAGUUUUAUUCUUAAGAUAAUUUAUUUUAAAUUAUAAGAUCUAUUACUGUAAAAUUGUAGAUCUAACAGUUUCAAAUAUUGGAUAAAAUUUAAAUUAAUCCCUAUGUUUUUAAAACAUGAGUCCAAGAGGCUCUCAUUAACAUGUGCCAAUUAAAUAAUAAUUUUCAAAAGUAAUACUUAGUGAAUAGUUAUAAAGUACAAUUUAGCUCUACAUUAGAUUAGGUUUUGCUCGGAAAAAAAUAAACACCACAAAUCUAAAUCGAAAAUUCUGUCCAUUUAUUGUCCAUUAUUAUAUAAUUAGUUGAUAACUAAUUAAGACUGAUAGUCUCUAGCUCAUUAUUUAUUUGUAAUUGUCUUCUCUGAAUCUGUAUUCGUAAAAUACAUGUUGUUUUGAAAUAUUUUUUUUAUUAAGUUAUAAAUUCUUUGUUAUGUUUAUUCAAUUUGUAUAAAGAAAUUCCAUAGAAAGAGCUGAUAAAGUAUAAUGCAAUACUAUAUUAAGAAUAUAAUGAUAUUGUCUUUUAGUUUCUUGUCUAUGGGAAUACUUUGCAAAUAUAUAUUCAUGUGUGUAAUUAAAAAUAGCACAAUGAAUUAAUUAUUGUAAAUAUAAAUAAUAUUAUUUCUUAAGGAUUUGUGAUUAACUUAGACUCAGUUUUAUUUUAUAGUUAGGUUCUGUUUGUCUAUGAUAACCUUGUAAACCAGUUAUAUCAGUUAUGUUUUUAUUUUGUAAUUGAAUACGAUUGAGAGAUAUUGAAUUAUAUAAAUAAGUACAAUUAUAUUACUAUGUGAUAUGAACAAUUUCAUGAACUACUUACGAUAUUACGUUUUAGUUUCGAAUUUUGAUUGGAAUAUUUUUUUAAUAUUGUUACAAAUUGUUACAUAUGAGAUUCUAAUUUCACGUUCGAAAUUUAAAAUUUUAUAUUGUACUUUUUAUUUUAAGCUUUUUGUAAAACUUUUUUGUUAUUAAAAUCAGUUGUUAUUUUUAUAUUUAUUUAUACUUUUUCACCUUAUGUAAAUUGAAAUUGGCAAUAUUCCUUAGACACCAUACCUUUAAAAAAAAAAGUAGUGUAGUGAGCUAUAAAUGUUAGGAUAUUUUUUAGGAUUUCUUAAAAGUUUGGCUAGAGUAGUGUGCUUAUUAAAUUAUUGUAUUUGAUCAAUAUUUUAUAAAAUGAUGAUCCCAUUUAUUGAGGGCUGUGAACUGUUUAAUUUUAGCAUGUAAAGUUGAAAUUGUAUGAUAACAAUAUUGCAUUCAUUGGAAUAUUUAUUCAAUUAAAAUUGUGGUAAUUGUGAAUCUAUGGAGAGAGGAUUAAUUUUUUUUAUUGCUGUGAACUGUUGUUUGAUGGAAUUAGAUUAUUCUGCUUUAACUAAAAAGGAGUAUAAAGGAUGUUUGUUUAAUAACGAAUUAACCUUUAAAUUGCUUUAAAUAUGAAUAGACUGUAAUAUAUAUUUGUUGGUGUUAUUAAUAACAUAUAACACAAUUACAGUUGAUAUAGAAUGGAAUGGAAAAGAGUGCUUUAAACGUCAUUUUUUAAUAUAGUCAUUGUUGCCACAGUUAUAUAAAAUAAUAUAAUAUUUUAUAAUAACUUUAUAAUCAAAUCGUUUUGAAUUUGUAGGUGGUUUGAUUCCUAUAUGUAAAUCUGAUAAUCUUAGCUAUGUAAUGGCAUACAGAUUCAUCGGAUGACGUCAGUGUAAAUCGAAAAAUACCUAAAAAUAUUUGUAUACAUGAGAAUGUAUACGUAUGAGCGUUUUUAUGUAUACAUAUAUGUAUUUAAGUAUAUAUAUCAGAUUUAUAGAACUCAUAAUACAAGCCCUGCUUUGAGUCUUGAUGGCAUUAUAUGAUAUAUCCAGGACUAUUAUAUUAUUACACGAGUAUUAUUUCCAAUAAGGGAUGAAUCUUACUAGUGUUUAACUAUCACUUCACAUUCUCGUUGUUUAUUUCAUAUUGAGAAGUUCUUUUGAAGCCAAUAAUUUCGUUUACGACCUAGUAGUAUGCAUUAAUGGUAUUCUAAAUCUUUUUAAGUAAUGUAACAUCGUCAUUUUACGAUUUUGGCAUAGCUAUUAAAACUAAUAAUUCGUCUAA